UAGUGGUACCAUCACUCAAUAGAGGGUCUUGAAUGAUGUGUAUAUUAGUAAAAUAUUUCCUUGUGUUCUGUAUCACAUCGUAUUUACAUAAAAUUGAUGCUUUAUAUAGUGAGGGAUCAAAUUGCGAUUCCGGGACAUGUAAACGUAUAAUAAAUUGUCCUCCAGCUGUGGAGUCCAUGGCAAAAAAUGGUGUUUCUGGAUUGAAAAGGUGUGGAUUUACGUAUCCUAGUAACGAUGAAUUAGUUUGUUGUCCGUCGCUAAUGAAAGGACCAAGCGAUAAUAAUAUAAUUGUAGAAACUAGCGAUUCUGAAGAUUCCGAAUCAUCAUCAACCGAGAAAAUGACUACAACUGUCAGGAGUUCUAAAGAAUUUUGUGAGAAAGUUACUACAGAAUUUAAGGCUAGUACUGGAUUUAGAAUAUUGGAUGGAGAAGAAGCUGCGGCUAAUGAAUAUCCCUAUAUGGCAGCGCUAGGAUAUAAAGAAAAUGAUGAAUCAGAACCCGAAUGGAAAUGUGGCGCAACUGUGAUAUCAAAUAACUUUUUGAUCACAGCCGCCCACUGUAUUAGACGUAAAUCUCAAAUAAAGCCAACAAUUGUUCGCCUAGGAGUUACCAAGUUAAAUGAAGAAAAUGCACAAGAUUUUCUUAUAAAGAAAACCAAAAUAUAUCCAGAUUAUCAUAGUAAGAGUAGGCACAACGACAUAGCCCUAAUAGAACUCCAUAGAAAUAUCACUUUUAACAAAAUUUAUCCAGCCUGCUUAUAUUUGGACGAUGAAGUACCAUCGCCUUUAUUUGCAACUGGUUGGGGAGCAACAGGGUCAAAUAGUAUGAAACAGAUGAGUAACAUACUGAGGGUAGCUAAAAUGGAUCCAGAAUCUAACAGUGACUGCAACGAAUACUUCUUGCAUAGGUCAUUACAAGCAAAUAGUAUAUCUGACGCACAGUUCUGUGCCAAGUACAAUACUGGCGACACUUGUUCCGGUGAUUCUGGUGGCCCUAUUCAAGUAAAAAAAGAUGGCAUUUAUUACAUCGUGGGAAUUACCUCUUAUGGGAUAGAAAAGUGUGAAAAGAGGAAUUUGCCUGCAGUAUUUACGAAAGUGUCAAAGUAUGUUGAAUGGAUUGAUAAAAUUAUAUAUGGAAACAAAAAGUAAACUAUAGUAAAAUAGGUGCACCGGGUUCAGUGACUGAACUAGAUACAAGAGAACACGCUCUGCUACCCAUCCCUAUAAUAUAGUUGCUGUCCUCUUUAAAUACUAAUCGAAACUAAUUAAUAUCUUCACCAAUUCUCUCUAAGUAUAAUAAGUAGGUACCUAUGUAUAUAAAAUAAUUUUAAUAAAUAAUAAUUAACUGUGCAUAUUCUAGGACACAGUUCGAGAGUAAAAUACCUUUUAAUUUCUUGAUGUACACGUAUCAAAUUUUUAAUAUAAUACAUAAUAUUUAA